CCGGCGCCGGCUCUUGCGGCCGGGCUGGGCUGCGGCGUGGGAAAGAGCCGCGAGGAGCUGACCGCGCCGCCGCCGGAGCCGCGCCUGCCGGGGCCCAGGGAGGGCGGGCGGGAGGAGGAAGGCAGGGAGGGCGCUGCGUCCCGCUCGGCGUCCGUGGCUCCGGCCCGGCUGCGCCCCGCGCGGUCCUCUCCGCGAUGAAGCGCCCUUGCGAGGAAACGACCUCUGAGAGCGACAUGGACGAGACCAUCGACGUGGGGAGCGAGAACAAUUACUCGGGGCAAAGUACUAGCUCUGUGAUUAGGUCGAAUUCGCCAACAACAACAUCUCAGAUUAUGGCAAGAAAGAAAAGGAGAGGGAUAAUAGAGAAAAGGCGUCGAGAUCGGAUAAAUAACAGUUUAUCUGAGUUGAGACGACUGGUGCCAACUGCUUUUGAAAAACAAGGAUCUGCAAAGUUAGAAAAAGCUGAAAUACUUCAAAUGACAGUAGAUCACUUAAAGAUGCUGCAGGCAACUGGGGGUAAAGGCUACUUUGACGCACACGCCCUUGCCAUGGACUUCAUGAGCAUUGGAUUCCGGGAGUGCUUAACGGAAGUGGCGAGGUACCUGAGCUCGGUGGAAGGCCUGGACUCCUCCGACCCGCUGCGCGUGCGCCUGGUCUCGCAUCUCAGCUCUUGCGCCUCGCAGCGGGAGGCGGCGGCCAUGACCUCCUCCCUGGCCCACCACCAUCACCCCCUGCAUCCGCACCACUGGGCGGCGGCCUUCCACCACCUCCCGGCAGCCCUGCUCCAACCCAACGGCCUCCACGCCUCGGAGUCCACGCCCUGUCGCCUGUCCACCACGUCGGAAGUGCCUCCUGCCCACGGCUCCGCCCUCCUCACCGCCACGUUCGCCCACGCGGAUUCCGCCCUGCGGAUGCCCGCCACGGGCAGCGUCGCCCCCUGCGUGCCGCCUCUCUCCACGUCUCUGCUGUCCCUCUCCGCCACCGUCCACGCGGCCGCGGCAGCGGCCACCGCGGCCGCGCACAGCUUCCCUCUGUCUUUUGCUGGGGCGUUCCCCAUGCUUCCCCCAAACGCAGCUGCCGCCGUGGCAGCUGCCACAGCCAUCAGCCCGCCCUUGUCGGUAUCAGCCACGUCCAGCCCUCAGCAGACAGGCAGUGGAACAAACAGUAAACCUUAUCGACCCUGGGGCACAGAAGUAGGAGCUUUUUAAGGUUUCACGGAACUCCUCGCAGUAGCAACUGAAUGUCCUUCAUUUCCGAGUCAGCUUAAAACCUCUGCAACCGUGGAAGUAGCCAUAGAGAUGUCUGCAGACCCGCAAAGGAACAGUAAAGCUGUUUGAGACACAAACCUCACAAGUGGAAAUGUGGUAUUAUCUUUUUUUCCUCUGUUUUGGUUUAAGGCGAUUUGUAACUUGACAUCAGCAACUUUUGAAAACUUCACACUUGUUUCCAUUUAGAAGUUUCCUGGAAAAUAUAUGGACCAUACCAUCCAGCCAGUGCAUCAGGAUGUCUGAAUUGGGGAAGAAAAGUGACCUGACUCAAUUCUCUUGAAACUAGAUGGGAAAAAAUAUUUGUGUUUCAUAAGUGCCUGAGCUAGUAAAGUUUUCUUUUGAACAUACAAUAUUGCACAAGUAAAGAAGAGUGUAGAGGUUGGGUUAAGAAAGGAUAAGGGACAGAAGUCCUGCAUUAGGCUGCAGAUACUUCAAUACAAGAGAAGAGCACUCUGUUGAAACCAGCAGGUUUUUAUUGGCCAAAAGGAUUGCUGAAAAUAAUUUUCAAGUUGAAAGUCCUAGUUUUAUCUUAGUUUGCUUUCUUUGUACAGACUUGCCAAGUGGUGACAUUUAGCAAUGCAUUAGUGUAAGCAAUUAUUACAUCAGUGCUCAGAUUAACAAGCAGUUCUGCCCUGCCUGCAGACCCCCAGGCAUUUUCUUUCAUGGCUCAAAACGUGGUGCUUCUUUAUAUAAACCAUGCAUUUAUAGAGUGCACCUAGAAGCAGUUGCUUACUAUGUGCCCACCAGAGCCUGUCUGACUCAUGCCAACUUGAAAACUCUCCAGUUGUAAAAGUUUAAUUUAUUCUGUAUCAUUUGGACAAUUUUUACAUAUUUAUCUUAUUGAUUUCAUCCCAAUAACAUGUAAAAUCUAUUGUCACCUUUUGGAGAGAAGUUGCAUUUCUGGAAGUGAUGAGGCAGGGAGAGAACAAUGGUAAAAGAAAAGCCACAAUUUUUAAACGUCCUUUGUCAAGCUUGUGAUUGCAUUUGAUCCCAAAUCAAGAUGAAUGUAUUCAAUGGGAUGUACAUAAAUUAUUUUUGUCCAUGCCUAGACUAGUGCUACAUAAUGUGUUUUGGUUUUGUUGUUUUUGUUUGUUUAACAACAAAAUAAUCUCUUAAUACUUUGAAAUUGAGCACAUGAGAUUUUAUGUUUGAAAGACAAAGACACAGCAUGUAUUAUUAUGCACUUCAUUUCUCUGCUGUGUGGAGAAAGCAAUAAACAUUAUGAGAAUGUUAAACAUUAUGCAAAAUUAUACUUUUAAAUAUUUGUUUUAAAAAUUACUGUACCUAGUCUUCUAUGCAUUACUUUGUAACCUUUUUCUAUGCAAAAGUCUACAUAUCACUAAUUAAAUGAAGUCCUUUUUGACCAUUUUAAUGUGGAUGAGUUGCUUUGCAGAAUGAAAGUUUACAGGAAUUUCAAGAAAGGCCUUGUUUCACUAACAAAUUAAGCCUUGGCUUUUCUUUUUCUAAGUCAUUUGGUAUAAUUCACAGCCUUGAAAAUAACAGAUAUUUGAGUUUGAAAAUCAAUUAAGUAUAGGUGAGUAUGAUACCAUUCGGAGGCAAGAAGUGAUUGGUUUCUUCUGCCUUUUAUUUUUAGCAUAGUUCUCGGAAAAGUCAAAUAGCAUAACAUCAAAUAAUAGUAUACUGAUCGUAAGGUAAUAAGUUUGUGUCAUACGUGUUGUAACUCAAAUAUUUAUAGAGUGUUUUUGAAACAUCACUUGCUCUGUACCUACCUCAAGAUUCUUUUGAUGCUGUAGAAACUAUGCAGGGAGCCCUCCUUCAGUGAAGCCUAAAAUAGAUUAUCUCAGAGUUUCUGAAACUAUUGGGCCAAACAUAGGAGAAGAUUUUUUAAAUGUUCUUAUUAUGCUUAUCAAUUAUGCUUAGAGUUAAAGGAAAAAGUAGGAGUCCUCUUAAAUAAUUUUAAUUUUGAAAAAUCAAGCAUAUAGUUUAUUUUUUCUUUCUGUAAGUGGGUGAAAAAAAUGAGCCAAAACAGAUCACCUUUGUUCCUGUCUGUAAGCUCUGCGGUUAUUUUCUGUCAGUUAGCUCUGAUGGGAUUAGGUAACAGCAAAAUGGGUUUAGUGGUAUUUGGAGUUUGUUUCUUAGUCAUGAUUUAUGGAUAACAGGCAUAGAAAUAAUUUUGAUUUAGGAUCUAAUAGUUGAUUCUGUGCCUGUUGUAAUGACAGCAUUCAAAUAACUUUUUGUAGAUUG